AAGCCUAAAAUGUUAAAAACGCUACCGGCUUCCGGUGAGACCACCGGCCACCGAUGAACAUUCUUAACGAACCCCUCUUUGGAUCAGAACCGACGGUGCGUCAUUUUUCCCCUCCACAAAUUGACAGGUUUCUUGUUUUUCAAGCCGAAAACCUUCCCCACCAACCUCUCUCAGUCUCUCGACCUAUUUUAUGGAUCUCCCUUACAAAGAAAUCAAAGAUUCUUAAUGAACACAACAAACCCAGAAAUACCCACAUCCAAAACCUCCAUUCUGUCUCGAAAGCACCCUCUGAAAUCGGAUCAUUUGCUUCUGUCGAGGGCUGUUUUGUAGGUGGAGAAGUUGAAAAUUGAGGGUUUAUUAUGUUUGGCGGUGUUCAAUUGGGUAUUUUAGCUGCGUUUGUUGUGUUAUUUGUGCCGAUGGGAAUGGCCGGAUGGCAUUUAAGCCGUAAUAAGAUGCUGUUCUUCAGCGGAGCCCUUUUCAUUACUCUCGCAAUCGGUGUUCAUCUCACGCCUUACAUUCCCUCGGUUUCUGAUUUCGUUACCACUGUUUCUUCUGUCGUCGUUUUCGAUAGCCGAGUCUCGUGUGUUUCUCAGUUACAUGAAAUCGUCUGGGAGGUCAAGCAGAGCGAUGGCUUUAACCCGUUGAGUAAUAACUCUGUUAAUUAUGAGAAAUCGUGGAAAUGGGGGAGAUCUUCUCCUGUUGUUGCCUGUGAUUUUCAGAAAUUGGCUCCGAUGGAUGCUUCCGAUUUGCUUAAUGGAUCAUGGGUCGUCGUCGCCGGUGAUUCACAGGCGAGAUUGAUGGCUUUAUCACUGCUGGAUUUGACGAUGGAUUCUCAAAGAAUGGAAGCCAUUAGAGGCGAUCUGUUCAAGCGGCAUAGUAAUUACCAAAUUCUGGUUAGUGAAACUGGGAUGAAACUGGAUUUCAUUUGGGCUCCUUAUGCUUCUAAUUUGACUGAUUUAAUGGUGGAAUUCAAGCAAAAUCGAAGCUACCCUGAUGUUAUAAUCAUGGGGUCAGGGCUAUGGCAUAUGCUUCACUUUACUAAUGCAUCAGAGUUUGGGUUUUCUUUAGAAUCACUUAGAAAUUCUGUUGUUUCACUGAUUCCAUUGACUCCAGAAGUGGGUUCUGGGGCUUUGACGGGCUCUGUAUCCAUUAGAGCCCCACAUUUGUUCUGGAUUGGAAUGCCAACGUUGAUUAACUCGAUGUUGAACAGUGAGGAGAAGAGGAAGAAGAUGAGUGAUACAAUGAGGGUGGCUUAUGAUGAAGCUCUCCGCAGAAGCAAGCUUCUGCGGUCGUCUGGUGGGCCUCUAUUGUUGAUUGAUAUUGAAACUUUGAGUUGGAAUUGUGGGGUUCGAUGUAGUGUUGAUGGGAUGCAUUAUGAUGGUGUUGUAUAUGAAGCUGCUAUUCAUGUAAUGCUCAAUGCUUUGCUUAUUGAAUCUCAUCAGAAGCUGUGAAGGAAGGAGGUUGAGGCAGACUCCAUUGAUGAUGCUUGUAGAAGAGCUCGUUUUUUCAGGAUUCUCUAACACUAAGUUCAUAAGAUGAGAGGUGAAUUCUAUCCUUUUUUUUUUUUGGCUUUCUUGGUAUUCUGAGUUGGAGUCCCAUUAUUCUUUGAUCUUUUCCUCUUCCCUCUGGUUAAGGUAAUAACUCAUAGAAUCUCAGUUCAUGAAUCACAGGCUGCAACCUUUAUAUUGUAUAGCUUUGGAAUUGGAUCAUCAUUCAUAAAUUCUUUAGGAAUGUUUGAUUGAUAAGUCUAUAGGCUGCCAAAGUCAGGAUGGUUUUGAUUCAAUCCACCAUUUUCUUUGGGGGUUUCUAUUAGUUAGAGAAUUGUAUAUAUCUGGACAUGACGUGACAUUUUUUUUUCCUUCAAUCAAUAAACUACCCUUGUUUAUAUAGAUUUCAUA